AUGACCAGCCGUUACCACGGAGAUCGUGAUUGCUCUUGGCGUGAGGAUGAAAGGAGAAGGGCCCCAGGGACACAGAGGGGCAGUAAGAAGGUGGAGUCGGAGGUCGGGGCUAGCACUGCCAAAAAGGAUUCCAAGAGGAAGAGAGAGUCGUCAGUCAGUGACGAUGUGGAGGUGAAGUCUCCACCUCCAUCAACUCCUGAAGAUGAUGAUGAUGAUGGUAUACAGAAGCGUCGUUCCAGCCGUCAGGUGAAGAGGAAGAGGUACACCGAGGAUCUGGAGUUUAGAAUUUCAGAGGAUGAUGACAGUGGAGAUGACUCGCCAGCACCAAAAUCCCCAUCUUCAUCAUCCCAACAACAGGAUGUGGCCGAAGCUGAGGGGCCAAUUGUGGAGAAGAUCAUGGGCUUACGUACCUCCAAAAAACAGCUGGAGUUGGGGGAGGAAGUGGAGGUGGAGGAGUUCUAUGUCAAGUUCAAGGGCUUUUCGUACCUCCACUGUCGCUGGGCAGACCUGGAGGAGCUUGAGAAGGACAAGAGAAUACACCAGAAAAUCAAGAGGUUUAAGGCCAAGCAACAGCUCAACAACUUUAUAACUGAGAUGGAUGAUGAGCCUUUUAACCCGGACUAUGUGGAGGUGGACCGUGUCCUGGACAUUUCAGAGAGCACAGAUGAAAAUGGAGAGACGGUGACUUUAUAUUUGGUGAAAUGGUGCAGUCUGCCUUACGAAGACUCCACCUGGGAGCUGAAGGCGGACAUCGACCAGUCCAAGAUAGAGGAAUAUGAACGCAUCGCAGACCGCACACUCAACACUAAGCGAGUGGAGCGGCCUCCUGCAGCCGACUGGAAAAAGCUGGAGGGCUCCAGAGAGUACAGGAAUGGCAAUACACUCAGGGAAUACCAGUUAGAAGGCCUCAACUGGCUUACUUUCAACUGGUACAACUCACGUAACUGUAUCUUGGCUGAUGAGAUGGGUCUAGGGAAGACCAUCCAGUCCAUUACGUUCCUCUAUGAGAUUUACAUGAAGGGCAUUGAGGGGCCCUUUUUGGUCAUCGCCCCACUCUCCACCAUCCCCAACUGGGAGCGAGAAUUUAGGACCUGGACCGAGCUCAACGCAGUGGUCUACCAUGGCAGCCAGGCCAGCCGCAAGACCAUCCAGGCCUACGAGAUGUACUAUAGAGAUGCACAGGGUAAGAUAAUAAAGGGAGUGUAUCGGUUUCAUGCGGUGAUAACAACCUUUGAGAUGAUUCUGGCUGACUGUCCGGAGCUUCGCAGCAUUCCAUGGCGUUGUGUGGUGAUAGAUGAAGCCCACCGUCUCAAGAACCGAAAUUGCAAACUACUGGAAGGACUCAAAAUGAUGGACAUGGAGCACAAAGUUCUGUUAACAGGAACUCCCCUCCAGAACACUGUGGAGGAGCUCUUCAGCUUACUCAACUUCCUGGAGCCUGAGAGAUUCCCAUCUGAACAGAUAUUUAUGACUGAAUUUGGGGACCUUAAGACUGAAGAGCAGGUUCAGAAAUUGCAAGGCAUCUUGAAGCCCAUGAUGUUGAGAAGACUGAAGGAGGAUGUGGAGAAGAACCUAGCUCCUAAGGAGGAGACCAUCAUUGAGGUUGAGCUGACCAACAUCCAGAAGAAAUACUACCGGGCCAUUCUGGAGAAGAACUUCUCCUUCCUGUCUAAAGGAGGUGCAGGAGGAGGAGGAGGUGGUGGUGGAGGAGCCAGCGUCCCCAACCUCCUCAACACCAUGAUGGAGCUGAGGAAAUGCUGCAACCACCCCUACCUAAUUAAUGGAGCGGAAGAGAAGAUCCUCGAGGAGUUCAGGGACUCCCACGGAGGCAGGGCGGAUAUGCCAGACAUGGCCCUCCAGGCCAUGAUCCAGGCUGCCGGCAAGCUGGUGCUCAUUGACAAGCUGCUGCCAAAACUGAAGGCCGGUGGACACAGAGUCCUGGUAUUCAGUCAGAUGGUCCGCUGUCUGGACAUCCUGGAGGACUACCUCAUCCAGAAACGUUAUCCCUAUGAGCGUAUAGACGGCAGAGUUCGUGGCAACCUAAGGCAGGCAGCCAUCGACCGGUUCUCCAGACCAGACUCAGACCGUUUUGUCUUCCUGCUGUGUACAAGAGCUGGAGGACUAGGCAUCAACCUGACUGCAGCAGAUACCUGCAUCAUCUUUGACUCCGACUGGAACCCUCAGAACGACCUGCAGGCCCAGGCCAGGUGUCACCGUAUCGGUCAGUCAAAGGCGGUCAAGAUCUACCGUCUGAUCACCAGGAACAGCUAUGAGAGGGAGAUGUUCGACAAGGCCAGUCUGAAGCUGGGGCUCGACAAGGCUGUGCUACAGAGCAUGAGUGGACGGGAAAAUGCCAACAGUGGGGUCCAGCAGUUGUCGAAGAAGGAGAUCGAGGACCUGCUGAGAAAGGGAGCGUACGGAGCUCUAAUGGACGAGGAAGACGAAGGCUCAAAAUUCUGUGAGGAGGACAUCGACCAGAUUCUGCAGAGACGAACCCAUACCAUCACAAUAGAGUCUGAAGGAAAGGGCUCUACAUUUGCUAAGGCCAGUUUUGUUGCAACAGGUAACCGAACAGACAUUUCUCUUGAGGAUCCAGACUUCUGGCAGAAAUGGGCCAAGAAGGCUGAGUUGGACCUGGAUGCCAUCAAUGGACGGAACACACUGGUGAUUGACACACCAAGGGUGAGGAAGCAGACACGGCACUACAGCAGCGUCAAAGAGGACGAGAUGCUGGAGUUCUCAGAGCUGGAGAGCGAUGAGGACGAACCGAGCAAACCCUCAUCCAAACCACGACGACCCCAAGAUAAAACCCAGGGCUACCCCCGAUCUGAGUGCUUCAGAGUGGAGAAGAACCUGCUUGUCUAUGGUUGGGGUAGAUGGAGUGACAUCCUGGCUCACGGUCGCUUCAAGCGCCCCCUGAAGGAGGCCGAUGUGGAAACCAUCUGCAGAGCCCUGCUGGCCUACUGCCUGCUGCAUUACCGUGGGGACGAGAACAUCAAAAGUUUCAUCUGGGACCUGAUCACCCCAAGUGAAGACGGGACCACCAAGACACUGACUAACCACUCUGGUCUCUCUACACCAGUCCCUCGGGGUAGGAAAGGCAAGAAAGGGAAGCCCCCGGCGCCACCUCCACAGACUCCACGAGCUGAUUGGCUGGCCAACUGCAAUCCCGACCACUUGCUGCAAGAAGAUAGUUACAAGAGACACCUGAAACAUCACUGUAACAAGGUGUUGCUGAGGGUGAGGAUGCUGUAUUAUCUAAGACAGGAAGUCGUAGGAGAACAGGCCGAGCGCAUCCUGGAAGGAGCCGACUCCAGUGAGCUGGAUAUCUGGAUACCACAGCCGUUCCACGCUGAGGUCCCAGCUGACUGGUGGGACAGUGAGGCCGACAAAUCCCUGCUCAUUGGUGUCUUCAAACACGGAUAUGAGAAGUACAACUCAAUGCGAGCCGACCCUGCCCUGUGUUUCUUGGAGAGGGUAGGCAUGCCGGACGCCAAGGCUAUCGCCGCUGAGCAGAGGGGCUCUGACAUGAUGGCAGAUGGUGUUGAGGGUGAGGAUGAGGAUCCAGAGUACAAGCCACUGCGAAUGCCUUUUAAAGAUGACUUGGACGACUUCACCAACUCUCCACUGGAUGACAAAGAUGAUACCGUGGAGGGUGAGACUGAAGCUAAAUCAGGUGAAAACGGUCAAAGUGCGGCUACAGUGGGUGGAGCUUCAGGCUCCAAUGAGCGACUUUAUUGGCCAGCAGCCUCAGCUCUGACAGCUCGUCUGCGUCGCCUCAUCACAGCCUACCAGCGUUCCAACCGGAGAGAACAACUCCGCCAAGAGGCCCUCAACCGGCCUGAUGGUCGCCGCCGACGACGCAGGGAAUUCCUGCCUUCCAUCUCCAUGGUUACAGAGACAGGAGGAGGGGCAACUUACAUCCAAGAUGGAGCGGCAGUGUUCAUGACAGAAGGAAGCCCGUAUCUGACAAAAGGAAGUGCUUACUUUGCCAAAGGUGGACAGUUUAUGCCAGAGGCUUCAUCAGUAAUGACCGCCAGUUCCUUGAUAGCUGACGGAGCCAUGUAUUACAAGGAGAGACGACAAAGAUGGACUCGUCGUGAGGAGGCUGAUUUCUAUCGCGUUGUGUCCACCUUCGGUGUCGUCUUUGACACCCAGCGUCAGAAAUUUGAUUGGACACAGUUCAGGGCCUUUGCCCGACUCGACAAGAAAACAGAUGAGAGCCUGGAGAAAUAUUACUACUCAUUUAUUGCCAUGUGUAAGCGGGUCUGCAGAAUGCAGGUUAAGACUGAAACAGAACUCCCAGACCCAACCCUGAUCAUCGACCCUAUCACCGAGGAGCGUGCCUCUCGCACCCUGUACCGUAUCGAGCUGCUCCGCCGAAUCAGAGAGCAGGUCCUCCCCCACCCCUUGCUCUCUGAGCGCCUCAAGCUCUGCCAGCCCUCUCCAGACCUCCCAGAGUGGUGGGAGUGUGGCCGCCAUGACCGGGACCUCCUUCUGGGGGCCUCUAAGCACGGCGUGAGCCGGACAGAUUAUCACAUCCUAAAUGACUCUUCGUUGGACUUUCUGGAGGCCCACCAGCGUUUUACCAGCCAGCGUGGGGCCAGCAUUAGCAUGGGAACCCAGGGAGAGAUGACCAAAGCUGGAAUGGGAGCAGCAGAAAGCACCCAAGCACCUCUCCUCUCUCCUGCAGACCUGGCAAGCGCUGCAGCUGCUGCCAAAAGUGCUGUUAAUGCAGCUAAAGAGGUAAAGACUGAGGAAGGGAAAACAGAGAUGGAGGUGAAAAAGGAUAUAGAGGGAGGAGAUGCCACUGACAUUCCAUGUACAAAGACCGAAACUCCUGAUGAACAGAAGAAAAAUGAGGGAGAGGUUGCAAAAGGGAAAGAUGAGACUGCUGCUUCACCAAGAAAGGAUGUCAAGAAAGAGGAGGAAGAGGCCCAGCCAAAAGUGGAAAAAGAGGAGUGGGAAGAGCUGAAAGAGGAGAAGAGUGGAGAAGAAGAAAAGACUACCAAGCCGGCAGAUGAGGAAGAUGACUUGACAGAGGAGAAGAACAGUUUGAGUCUUGUUGACUCUCCAAGGGAACAGAAGGAAAUGACCAUUGACCCCUCAGAACAUCCUGAAUCCUCUCCGAAGGCACAACCAGGCCACAAGACUGUGGGGGAGGAAGACGGAGAGGAAAGGGAGAGCCCUGAGUCUCCUAAAUCUCCAAAGUCAGCUGACACAGAGAAGAGCCCAGAGUACGAAGAGGAGGAGAGGAUGGACGAAGAUGACAAGUCAGAGAAAUCCUCUCAGGCUGAAGCAAGUGCUGCUUCAGAGCAGAAGAACUUUGAUGAGGACAGCAUUGCGUCUCUGAGCACGUCGGCCCGUGACGAAACCAGAGAUGGGUUCUGCCCCGACGACCUUCCAGAAACUUCUGCACUGCAGGCCCUACAGGACCGUGCCUAUUCCUUCUCAUUCUGGCCUAAGGAUCGGGUGAUGAUUAACAGGAUGGAUAACGUCUGCGAGGCUAUCCUGAAGGGCAAGUGGCCUGUCAACAGACGGCACAUCUUUGACAUCCCCAGCAACCUGUUGCCAGGGCAUGGCUCCGCAGUGACCACAGCAGCUGUAGCCACGGCAACCGACAGCCCACUGCAGAGGAGGAGCCUGGCCGAGCUAACAAUGGCGGGCAUCCAUACGCCUUACAGUGGAAGUGAAGAUAAAACACUAUCACCACAGGUUCAUGAGGGUGCUCUAAGCCUGACAGUGCCUCGGAGGAGGAGGAGGAGGAGAAAGAUCGAGAUAGAAGCUGAGAGGGCGGCCAAGAGACGUAACCUGAUGGAGAUGGUGGCUCAGCUGAGAGAGAGCCACGCUGCCGCCGAGUCCCAGAGCCAGGCUAUAGACCUCACCAAGGGUAUACAUCAUCACCACAAGGCCUCACCCUCAUUGGCCGGAUUCCCCAGUGCCCUGGUGACAAGCCCCUCCCUCAAGGCCCAGAUGGAUUUGCUGCAGCAAGCCCCGCCCUCUGGACACAGAGCCAAUGGUUCACUGGAUGCUGACCUACCCAUCAUGAGGAGGAGGCGAGGCCGCAGGAAAAAUGUGGAGGGCCUGGAGCUGCUGUUCAUGGGCAACAAGAGAGCAGGAGGGGAUGAUGACGACAGGACAAAGGUUUCAGGUGUGGAGGGGGUUCAGGAUGCUGCCCGUGCCCACAGAUCCCUCACCAUCCCCGAGCAGAGCCCUAGUGCCAGAUCUCUUGCCUCUGGCAGUCUGGAGGAGGAAGAGGCAGCAGUGUCAAACAAAGAGCUGGGAGAGUGGCUGAGGCAACACCCGACAUACACCAUGGACAUGGCUGGAUUCACACCAAAGAGUGAGGAGUUGCUGCUGUCUCAGUUCUCUAAACCCAAACAGAAGCGCCAUCGCUGUCGAAACCCCAACAAGAUUGACAUCAACACCCUGACUGGAGAUGAGCGAGUGCCUGUGGUCAACAGACGCAAUGGACGCAAGAUGGGUGGGGCCAUGGCUCCACCAAUGAAGGAGCUUCCCAGAUGGCUAUUAGAAAACCCAGAGUUUUCUAUUGCCCCUGAUUGGACAGACAUCGUUAAACAGUCGGGUUUCCUCCCCGAAGCCAUGUUUGAUCGUCUUCUGACCGGCCCUGUAGUCAGGGAAGAGGGUGUCCGUCGUCGGGGGAGACGACCCAAAUCUGAAAUUGCCAAGGCAGCAGCCGCUGCCCAGGCAGCAGCAGCAGCUCAGGCUGCCCAGGCAACACUGGCCACUGCUGCUUCAUCUGCAGGAGGCAUCAACCCUCUGCUGUUGAACAGUCUGUUUGGAGGGAUGGACCUGUCUUCUCUCCAGAGCCUCCAGUCCCUCCAGUUGGCUGCUGGUCUGAUGGCCUUCCCUCCCCCCACCGACCCCAAGCAGGCUGCUGCCAGUGCUGCCGCCGCCUCCAUGUUGCCCCUCAUGCUGCCCGGCAUGGGAGGCCUGCCCAACAUGGCAGCCGCCCUCCCAAACAUGUUCAGCCUAGGUGGGCUUUUUGGUAGUAACCUGGCCACAGCUGCUGCUUCCAACUCCACUGUCGCCACUGCAUCAGGGAACACAAACGGAACAAUGGAGGGAGAGGGAGGAGAGACUGACCAAACAGUGAUGACAAAGAGGAAGAGAGAGGGAGAGGAAAAAGAGAGAGAAAAAGGUGAGAUGGGAGUGGAAGAGGUAGAGGAGGAGGCUGAGGGAAAUGAAGGAGUGAAGAAGGCAAAGAGGAAGAUUGAGAAAGACGGUGAGGAGCAGGUGGAAAAAAUAGAGAAAUCAGUUAAUGAUGUCACUGCAGCUCCACAGAUCCCAGCUGUUGAUUCGCCAGCAGAGGCAUCCAUCAACGGUGAUGCCGCUGCCCUGCUGGCUGCAGCUGGCAUGUCAGCCAAUUCCCUUGCAUUCAACCCCUUCCUCCUCUCUACCAUGGCCCCUGGCCUCCUCUACCCCUCCAUGUUCCUACCUCCAGGCCUCGGGGGGCUAAACCUGCCCGGCUUCCCCACCGCCUCCACCCUGGCUGAGCUCCAGAGCGCCAUGGCCGGAGCGCUGGGGGGCAACGCUGUGUCCACAAACCCCCCAGUAAACGAGGAGGCAGAGAAGAAGGGGCUGAAAGCUACAGGAGAAGAGCAAGAGGAGGAAGAGGAGGAGGAGGAGGAGGAGGAGGAGAAAGGAGGAGAGAGUGACUUGGCUGAGGAGAAGGAGGGGGCAGUGGAGGAGGAGACAAGAGGUGAGGCUGACGAUGCAGUUCUGGAGGAUGGAGGGAUGGGAGGAGAGGAAGAGGAGGCAGCACCGUCUCCACAGAAGGACAAGAGUGACUGAAAUAAAACACAAAACUGACUGGCCCGGGACAUUUCCUCAACUCUCACCUCCCCCUCCCCUUCGCCACGUUUACACGCCUCCACCAGAAAUAUCCAAACUAUUAUGAAUCCUGUUUGUUUUUUGUUUUUUUUCUUCUUUACCUUGUUGUUGAUGAUUUCUCUUUGUUGUUUAUUUUUUGGCCAGGUAUAUUUACUAUGCGUCAGAGAGGAUGAGGUGUGUGUGUUAAGUUCAAUCUCUCCGAUUGAUAGUGUAGUCAGGGAAAGUCCUCACAGCCACUCGCUCAGAGCUUGGCUCCUCUUCAAAGACUCUUUCUUUCUUUCUAUCUGGUUUCUAUCUAUUUUUCUCUUCCACAAUCCCUCAAACAGGAUUUCACAAGGUUCCAAUAGUACUAUUGUUGUUGUUAUUAUUAAUAUUAUUAUUAUUAUUAUUGCUGCUUUCAGCUCAGAUCUUUUUUUUUUUUUUUAAUUUUUGCUUUCGUCGUCUGGACUGUUUUGUUGUUGUUGGUUGUUGGCAGCAUCUCAUCAAAAAGAGAAGAAACACCUGCUGCUGGCAAUUUUUCUAACAUCAGUUCUCAAAAAACAGCAUUACAGCUAAACCGGCUGUCUGUCUGACAAAGCUGCUGCAAAAGGAAUCGUGGAUAAUGGAGUUGAGCUGUUCUGUUUCAGAGCAGAUUUUUUAGUUCUCACAUAUCAGACCAGGUAGACUCUGAGGAGGAAAAAGAAACUAGACUGGCCUAAAACUCAGUCUCACACACUGACUACCACAACACACGCAUAUCCGAACACAUGCUUCACAUACUUGAUCGUGAGUUUCGCACACAGACACACACACGCAUUCAGAUUUCCCACCACUAUACACACACUAACCCCCUAAACCCUCUCUGUCAUGUGACUGUUUCUGGGAGGACUCCCUACCAGCUAUGUUCCUUUGAGUGUAUGUGUGUGUGCUUGUGCGUGUGUGCGUGCACACUGAACCAAUACUGUUAUACCCAGUCCCACACUGUUUGAAUACCAAUCUUGAGUCUUUCCACUGCCACAUCUGAAUCCUAUCUCUCUUUCAAGGUGGCUGGUUUUGGCUCAGAAGUGGCAGGCGGGCUGGGUCUGCCGCCAAUCAGGCCUUCUGAUUGGUCCGUUUCAGCCACCGAAAACCAGCCGUCCUUGUUAGGAGGUUUCUGUGAAUGGGUUUGGAGCGGUGGUCCACACAGGGAUGUGAGGUUUCAGGUUUAUUCUUUAAAGGGGGCACAUGAGAUAGUUGAUUUUCCUGGUUGCUGCCACAUUAAAAUCCUUUAAUUUUUUUUUUUUUUUUCCCUUCACAUCCCAGUAGUUCCAGACCAAGUGCUGCUCCUUAGUGACCAUCUCUUUAAAGACUGUUGCUCUAGUCACACACACUGACACCAGGCCUGGCCAAAACAGGACUGAGACCCAUUUUCAGCAGAGUUGGAAUUUUACAAGUUCAGCUCUGGUUGCUAAGUUUUAAGUACUUGAAAAAGCGCAAGAGGUGUUUGGUUUGUUUCCAUUCCUAAGGCCAGUUCAAGUGUCUGAGAUAAAUCAAGCGCUGCGAGUGGUUCAAUAUUUGAAAGUACAUUCAAACACACACUAUGGCCAGGUCUUAUUAACAUUUGCUAAUACAGCCAGCCCAGCAGAUGAAGAGAGAGGGAACUUGGACUGAGGGGGAGUGAUGAGUUUCAGCUCUCUCGAAGACCCCUUCCCCGUCAAAGAACCUUGUUUUCCUCUCUAAUGCUGAGACAGCAAUAACCGAGGCAGCUUUUGAAUGUUCCAACAUUACUCUCCCAACACACACACACUCACUCAAUAUGAAUAACCACAAGUGUCGUAUGAAUAGAAAAACAAAACUAAAACUGUAAAUGAUGACAAAUAAGUACUGCAAUCAAUUUUGUCUCACUCUGUUCCUGUUGAUGCACUGGUGUUAAAGAGUUAAAAUAAUCAGGUACCUUUAUUACUUAGCUACUUUUCUUGAAAAAAAAUGGACUUUUUGUUACUUUUAGCCAGCAAGCUGAAGAGCAUUACCUCAAAAUUCUUAUCUAGCCUUGAAGUUUACAGACAUACCAUGUAAAUGUUUUUUUUUCCUCUUUUUUCGGUGUGUGUCUUUUUGUUUUGUUUUUUUGGAGACAUCAUGUAUGAUGAAUUGUAGCUAUGAUGCUUUUAAUAAAAGUGAAUCAUGAUAUUCGCCUAGGAAACCAAA